CCUCCAGCACCAUGGCCUUCAAUGGCAAAUAUGAGAUGGAGAGCGAGAAGAACUAUGACGAGUUCAUGAAGUGCCUGGGGCUCCCCAGAGAGGCCAUUGAAAAGGGCCGCAACUUCAAGAUCGUCACGGAGGUACAGCAGGACGGGCAGAACUUCACCUGGUCCCAGCACUACCCCUCUGGCCAUUCCAUGGUCAAUAAGUUCACCAUUGGCAAGGAGUGCGACAUGGAGACCGUGGGGGGCAAGAAGUUCAAGGCCACUGUGAAGAUGGAGGGAGGGAAGGUGGUGGUGGACUUCCCCAACUACCAUCAGACCUCAGAGAUUGUGGACGGCAAGCUGGUGGAGAUUUCUACCAUCGGGGGUGUGACCUAUGAGCGCGUGAGCAAGAGACUGGCCUGAGCUCCCAUGAGUCCCGCGUCCUGAAGCACCAAUAAAGUGGGUCUCAGAGCAGACUU